AUGUUCUAUCACAUGCUGCUGCUCAGGAGGAGCACCAGGUCCCUCAGCUGGCCCAAGAGUGAGCCCAGCAGGAUGAGCAUUGAUCGCCAGCUUGAAUGGUGCCUCAUCGGCAGCUUGACCAACAGCUAUAAGUUCAAGCUGGGCGGGAUGACUUUUUCACUCACCAUCGGCGGAGUCGUGCGGCACCUGAUAUCAUACUACAAGGUGGAAGACAUUGAGCAAGGCCGGCUGAGGGCACCGUCGAAGCUACCGGAGCUCGCCUCACUGGACAUAAGUCCAGAGUACCUGGACAAGACCCCGCCCAAGGUAGAAAUCGGUGUGGAUGGGAUUCCGCGGUAUCAUGGGGAGGGUGAUGAUGUGGACACGUUAAUUCCUCCAAGAAUCCCACCUCAUCCCAUGGCCAUGGUUGCUCAUUGA